ACCGUUCUGUGUAACGAAAACGAAACCUUUAUACGAGCUGCUGAAUUCUAGAUAGUUUUAUGCUAAAGGUACGGAACCGUUUCGAAGCUGGCAGUAUUUUGGUUCGUUCCGAAUAAACGCACAAAACCAAUACCAACUUGACUAAGGCAAAAAUGUUCGGUAUUAUGUGUGCAAAACCUUACUUUUUCUUACUGAGGUCCUAAUCGUUCAUUAUAAGUCGUGGGUUAGCUUUAUGAACUUAUACGAAGCUAUGAAUAGUUCUUUGUACAUGAAACCGAGCCUUCAAAGACACAAUUGGAUGAUGAAAAGUUUCGCAUGUACUAUACUGAACCUUUGAUAAACAUACGAAACCCCGCAGGGGUUUGUAUUGAAUGUACUGAGGUUUUAAGAAUUUACAAACUCGUUAUUGGUUUCGACCAUUCCACACGAAACCAAGUCUAGUUUAGUUUAAAAUGUUCUAAACUUCUCGAAAACUGACGAACCAUCGAUGCGUCGGCGUGAAAUCGUCUGAUCCAUCAAGUUGCCUGCGAAACUAGGAAUAGUUUCGUAGAAAAUUGACGAAACGUCUCAUCACACUCCUAAACCGCUGAUGGAUCUGUAGACAUGUUACAGAACUACGAAUGGUUUCGCAUACCGCAUUAAAAGCCUGUGGACGAUUUUUACUACCAAUUGCCGAACCUUCUCGACGCUACGGAACUUAAAAUCGUUCAGUCGAAGUAUACGAAAUCUUUUAGGUCCGGUAAAACUCCUUCUUCUUUUUUGAGUGUAGAAGCCAAAGCCGAAAAUACUACCAUCAAACCUCUGGAUGCAACCCGAUAUUUGGGCGUAAUUAUCGACAAGGAACUGAAGUGGAGAAAUCAUCUUCAACAUCUCGAAUCGAAAAUGGCUGAACGCAUUAGUCUUCUACGAUACUUAGCCAAAUCAGCGCAAGAACCUAACCAAAAGACGAUGAUAAACAUCUUCAAAGCGAUUGCAAGACCAGUGAUGACAUAUGGGUAUCCAAUUUUACUAACAGCAAAUGACAAAGUAUGGGAUCGGCUUCAAAUCAUCCAAAACAAAGCGCUUCACGCUACUCUCGGCCUGUUGCUCUCUACUUCUGUCGAAUAUAUACAUCGGAUAUCCAAAAUACCGAAAAUCAAAGAAUAUGCACCAUCACUGCUCCACAAGUCCAUUAACACAGCCUCAUCAAACGCUCCUGCAACACAUUCAAGACAUCGUAGACCAACUAUGACAAAACACCAGCUCCAGUGCUAUAGGACAAUCUGCGUCGUCUCACAUGACGACGGCAGAUCUAAGACAAAUGACUACUGA